UCCCAUGUUACGGCAUAGAGCAGCAGCAGACCACUUCCGCAGUAGAUGUCUGGGCACACAGGCGAGAGGCCGCCGCUAGCGGAAAGGUAUUCUGUCAGAGGACUGCGCUUUGUUUGUCGCUUACAGAAUCAUGUUUAGCAAGUGAACAAAACAAUGGAAGGAAAGGGUCCGUACCGCAUCUAUGAUCCAGGUGGGAGUGACGUCAAGACCAGGGAUGAGUCUGGAGGAGGAAGCAGUUAUCGACAGCUCCUGGAGGAGAACAACAUGCUGAGGGAGAGGAUGAAGGGUCUUAAGAGCCUGGGCAGCUUGCUUGAAGAGUCCCAGCUGGAAGCUUCAAGGCUUCGUCUGAGAGUAGAGGAACUUGUCCGAGACAAUGAGGCCCUCAAAUCCGCCAGCUUUGCAGCCAGUCUGUGCGUGGCAGGACCUGUUCGGACUGAAACACAAAGUAAACCUUGUUUGCAUUCCACCGCAGAGCCAAGGGAAGAAGAGGCGAGCUGUUUAGCAAAGGCCAUUCAGCCCAACAGACUUAACAAUGCCUUAUCAGAGUUUGAAGCGGUCAAUAUGGAUAGGACUUCAGAUGUGUUGACUACCAGGUCCAUGGCAGGAGUAAUCCCUCUGCUGCCUCAGGAGAACAUUGAGCUGGCAAGCCAGUUGAAGAAAUUGGAAAGCUCCUUUAGCAUAUUCGCAGAGGAGUCCAACCCAAACCAGCUGUUAGCUCACCUAGGUCGAAUGGCUGUGGAGUUUCACCAUCUUUCCUCUAAGGUCCAAAAGAAUGAACAGAGGACUUCCCUCCUGCAGACUCUGUGUGAGCAGCUCAGACAGGAGAACAAUGAGUUGCGGAAGAAAAUGGAAGAGGAUCAUCAUAUCAGGAAUCGGGACUUAGAACAGCUGAGGCAAGAGAAUCAGAAACUGAAGGAGCUUGUAACUGGAGGAACAUCAGCAGCAUCAACUUCUGCAGUGGUAGCUGCAGCAUCGUCGUCAUCAUCAUCAUCAUCUAUGGCAGCGUCUGACACUGAAGCUCCCGACACCAAAGAUGAACCAGUUAAAGAGGACUGUGCGAUGGUGAGACCAAAAAUGGAAGCCACUACGCCGCAGAAGAGUGGAAAAGCUGCAGGGAAAAGCCCAAACAAACCUUGUGAUGUUGAGUUUUACGAAAAGAAGAUCAAGCUCCUGGAGAAGCAGAGGAAAGAUGUACUUGAGGUGAAUAAGCAGUGGGACGUUCAGUGGAACUCAAUGAAGUCGCAGUUUGAACAGAAGAUCACAGAUCUUAGACAAAGGCUUACUGAAUCCCAGAAGUCAGUGCUUGAACUGGAAGCCGAGCGAGAGCAAAGGCAGCGCGACUACGAAAAGAAGCUGUUGCUGGCAAAGUCCAAGAUUGAAAAUGUGCAGGGUGAAAAAGAGUGUCUAAAUACUGAGAACACUGAGUUGAAGCAGAAAGUUCGCUACCUGCAGGACCAGCUGUUGCCGCUGAGCAAGCAACGAGAAUACCAGGAAAAGGAAAUUCAACGCCUCAACAGGGCAUUAGAAGAAGCCUUAAAUCUGCAUGCCCCUUCAUCUUCCCAACAACCGCCUGGUCAGGACGCUGCCAAUAACUUGAGGAAACAGGAACUACUCACGCAAAUUGCUGUUUUAAAAGAGCAGGUAAAAAUAUUUGAAGAGGACUUCCGAAAAGAACGCAGCGACCGGGAGAGAAUGAAUGAGGAAAAAGAAGACUUGAGACGGCAAGUGGAGCGAUUACAGAUUCAGAUUACGAAUAUGACCAAUCAGCUUCAUCAGGCACAAAAUGAGUGUCAGCGAGAACACACAGAGAGAUGCAAGCUGGAGAGACUACAGAUGCAGCAUCACAAGCAGGGGCAGCAGCAGAAAAGACGUACCUCAGACCCUACGUCAGGCUCAAUGAACGGCCCGCUGAGCCCCCCCUACUGUGGUCCCUUUGUGCAGGUGGGACCGCAGGGCCUUGAGGGCCGACGCGUAUACAUCCCCCCCCGGAUGCCCAAUGCAGCAGGCGCCACAACCGCAACCGCCGCGGCUCCACCCCCUGUACGAGACUUCCAGCCUGUUACCCCGGGUUUUCCAUGGCAGUCUUCAUCAUUUCUUCAACCUAGAGGACCUAGAGCAGUGGGCGAGAGUUCACGACCAGCAGCAGAUAAUGCAGAUCAGUCUGCAGCAUCCUCAGCAGCAGCAGCACCCUCAGCAGCAGCAGCAGCAUCACCAUCAUUGUCAUCCUCGGCAGCAGCAGCAUUAGCAGCAGCUUCAUCGUCGUCGUCGUCAGCAGCAGCUGGAGGAGGAGGAGGAGGAACAGCAGCAACAGCAACAGCAGCAGCGGGAGGAGCAGGAUUUGGAAAAAGGGAGCGACAGAAUAUAGAUCCUGGAAAGCACUAAAGUGUCACCACCUGAUGUAAAUUGGGUUGUAGCAUGAAACCAGUUUGUUUUGAUUUGAAAAGGUGUUAUUUGAUCUAUAAUUUUCCUACUGAACUGUAGAUAUCCUAUUGUAAUGUUGUUUAUACUUGCGUUUUAUAAGGCAAUUUGUGGAACACUUGGCUUUUCUGAAUAUAUAACAUGGACUAUUUAGAUUUUUUUAAUACCAUGUGGAUCAUCAGACACUUAUACACUUUGUAUCCAGAAAAUACACCUUUUUGUGUUCCAAUUUGCAACAACUUUGUUACUUGUAAGGCUACAGGAAGCCAUUCCCCACUAUGCCUCUUCCCAUUCCAACAAUGGCUAAGAACUACAUGGAUAAAUCCAAUGAAGUGAAUGUUGAUUGACUCACCGAGAAUUCCACAGUAUGUUGAUGUGAUAAAAGCGUCCCAUUUGUGUAACUGGUCAAAAUGUGGUUGUUGCAUACAAACAUUAUUUGGGUGGUGGUCAGGGUAUUUUGAUGGUAUCAUACCAAAAACAUAAUUGUGAUUGAUAAUUUAUUUAUGAUCUGCUGUUUUGAUAGUUGCAUUGACUAAGUGUGAAUCAUUGUCUUUUAGUAAUGCUGCUCUAUGUUGUUAUAGUAACCUGAUAUAUUGUAGCUACACAUUGUAUGUUUGUGUCCGGACACAGUACACGGCGUGCAUACAGUACACAACCUUUUACUUUUCACCAUGACGAUGGACCUAAUCUCAUUAAACACCGCACUCAGACAGCUUAUUUGACCCCUCAAUGUCGCCGUAUCUUGUGAUCUUGCGCACAUUUUACCCCGGCGCAGUAUUUAGCAGUCAUGCCAUUCGGAUAACAUUGUCAUGACGCAUCGGAACUAUCUGUAAUCAGACGGUGUCACAGCAGUGCAGCCGCCUCUGCGUUUUCUCAGAAUCACCUGCCUUGCCAGCUGGCCUGUGAAUUGCUGUGACCCCAGCUCAAGAGUCCCAAUAUCACACAUAGGAGACAUAACUUGAGAUCAUAAUGAUGUUGCAUUUUUUUCCUUUGAAGUCACUCAGUCUCAAGUCACACACACACACACACACCGAUGUCUGAACUGAAUACUCGCUAGGGUCUCUUAUUUAUAGGGUGUAAAAUGUAGUCAGAUGAAGGGCUUCUAAAAGUGGUGCAUAAUCUGAACAAAAAAGGCUUCAUUCCGAACUUAACCAGGAACCAAAUCCUAUCGGUCGGAACUGAAGGGAGAUGUUGGUGAAACUGCACUUUUUAAAACAAAAAAAGGUUUUCUUUGAUUACUAGUUUGAUUACUAGCAGUUGUAUUUCUUUGGUUUGCAGCCUUUUUUUCUGUUUUGCUGUAGGCAAAAGCACAUGUGAGACUUUUGUAUUUGACUGGCUUAAUAAAUCUAUUCUAAAUGUUUA